AUGACCCUAACGCCAUUCUCACCCGUCAGGUGUUGGUACUUCCGCGUUUCGCUAAAACAUUGAAAAUGGGAAUUCAGGCACCUGAUAAACGGUUUCUUAUUCUGGCAAUAGCUGUUGGUGUUGCAUAUAUUGCCACCAUUUUUGUUGUCAUAGGGCUGUGCACCAACUACUGGAUUGAAAUCAGGAACCGUAACCUAUACAGAGAAGAUGUUGUGGCACAUUUUGGACUACAACGAGUAUGUUGGACUAGCAGUGACCGUUGCACAAAUUCCGGCAACGAUUAUGAUAGGACAAACACCACUCCUGCAGCCCAAGGAAUUUUGAUAACUGGAGGAUUUAUUGCUGUUUUUGGUAGUUUGAUGGCUCUUGCCAAUCUCCUGCUUGACAGACUUGGGCGCUCAAGGGGUCUUUUUUCUGCAGUUACUGCUGCCGUUAUUGUGCUGUCUGGUCUCUUUUUACUGGUUGGUAUCAUCAUAUUUGGAGUGAAAGUGGAGGUGCGAGUAGAACUACUCAAUGUUGGUCAUGUGCAGUAUAAAGGGUAUUCAUACGGGCUGGUUACUACAGCUUCUAUUUUGAUGUUAAUUUCUGCUGGACUAAGCGCAUGGUCUGGCUGCUCUGAAGCUUCACCAAAAUUUAAACAAUGAACACACACUUUAUACAAACUUUUUUUGUACAUUUU